AUGCAUCAGUGCAAUGAAAUUUUCGGUUACCUGCACCUUAUUAUUGAGUUUAAUAAUUUCUACUCUACUGUUAAGGAAUUUCAAGAUGUGUUAAUGAAAAAGUGUUGGCAUGGGGAAAAUUCACGGUUGAGCUACAUAGACAUUUUACGUACCAUCCUUCAGACUUUUAGCUGCAACAUUCACGUGUUGGUGACGAAAUUAUAUACUAUUCUCAAUUCUGUCGUGACCAACGGUGUCACGGGGAUGCCGUCAAAUGCAAGGGUCAUGCUCGACAUCAUUCCGGCAGCCAACCUGAGACAGAACUGCGCCAUCGCUGCUGCCGCCUACCGUCACGGAACUGAUGAGGACUUGCUUAGGUUGAUACCGGAGCUAUUCUACACCGAAGUCGUGUGGGCUAACUUGUCCGCCCCGGCUUUUGCGCAGAGGGUGGCAGGAAGGCCCGUGUCGCAGGUUUCAUGGGUGAAUCAAACUGGCGAACUUUUCGAAAUUCUCGGCAGCUAUGUGCUCCUGCCGAUCGUCGAAAUGUUGGGUAUUUGGCACAUUGUGACGAGCAUGUCCCCAGACAAGCGACCACUCAGCGCCCUGUUAGCACUCAUCCAGAUCGUCAAUAAAAAGUUCGAACUUGAGAGACCACCGUAUUCGUGUCCCCUGGGUGUAGACAGAAGGGUCGCGGUCGCCUACUUCAUGGGAUGUUGUCUCGCCGAGAUCGGCUUACAUCAGCUAGCGAUUGUGCAGUUACGCAAAGUUGUCAAAAAGAAACGCCACAUCAAGAUGGACUAUUUCUUCGUGCCCCUGGCGAUGUUCGAACUGGCUCUGUGUUACGACGCGCUCGGCGACCGUCGUCGCGCCCAUAAUCAACUAUUGUUGGCGAGGCAACACCACGAGAACGUACUGAGAAACUACGAAAUUUUAUACCACGUAUACGCUGCGGCGGUUGACUUCGUUCAGCCUGAGAGAGAUCGCCAG